AUGUAUGCCACGACUUCCACUCAAUCCCCUCAUUUCCCUCAAGAAAUCCUAGAAAAAAUCCUCGACGGGUUAUAUGAUUCAGAACAUGUCGCAGGUGGUCCGAAGGCACUGGCAGCAAGCUCACAAACAUGCCUUAUGUUCAGAGACAGCACUCCAAAAGACAAGAAAAGGGUGGAAGAAUUGGCAAAUCUUCUAGCCAAGAACCCAGACAUCGCUCUCUACUUCUAUGAAUUGAGGUUGGAUUUAGAUCCCUGGGGAAGGCCGUGGUUCAUUGCGAACCAAAGGUUCUUCUCCAUCAUGUGCUCAGUUCAUGAUUCCAACUGGAGUUUCAAACACCUUGUCAUUUCAACAUCCGGUGCGGUGCAACUCACCCUGCAAGAUGUGCCCGAGAUGGAAGAGAUGUUCUGGAAGCCGUUCAUUGCACCAGACAUCUCCUCGCUCUCCUUGUCCCUCAUUUCACAUUUUCCUGUACGACUGCUGGCGUGUUGUAUCAACUUAACCGAAUUGGAUAUUCGGGAAGCUUCGAUCGCCCCCCUCGAACCGAAUGACCUUCCCCUUCACGAUUCCGGCCGAUACCCCAGCAUUCAAUCCCUGCGAUGCGGCUUCCCUGCCCAGGGUAUCCGGAGAUUAGUGGACACACCCUCGCCCAAAUCUGUUCCCUAUGUCGAUUUCACCACCCUACGUAUUCUGAAUACACUGGUGGGCACAUCUGGUAUGAUGGCGGAUGCACAGGCAAUCAUCGAGGUCGCGUCUCAUAACCUCGAAGAACUUUACCUUAGUAGCGACUUAUCAGAACCGAUAUAUUACUGCGUCAAGAAUAUGCUCGAUCUUAAAAACCUUCAUUUCUUACGGGUGCUCGCAGUGGACGUCAUAUGCCCUCACCCUUCAAGGAAAGGAGAUGCCGUUUCGGAUCUUGCUGAAAUUCUGGGAACGCUCCCGAAGCAAAACAGGUUGGAAAUUCUGAAUAUUACAUGUCGCUUCGGGGAGGAGGACUACCCUGAUGCGCCGGAGAACUACCUGAUGUGGCUUGGAGCAGGCUCAAUAACACAAUCACACAAGUUGUUGCGGACCAACCAUUACAGCGAGGGAGGUAUAAGCAGUGACGAGGAGGGAGAAGAUGAAGGUUCAAUACCUACAAACUUGGCAGUUAAUACGGAUGAAAGCAAUGAACAAACCAGCGAUGAAUUCCACAAAUCAGAGACAGGGCAGGCCGUCGAAAACCACGCUCUCGCUAAACGAGAGGCUAUCAAGUGUUGCGAACCUAUUUUCGAGAGGGUGAGGGAAAAGCUCGCCAUGACGGAGAACCAUCCCCUUAUCACCUUUACAUUUUAUCACGAGGUAGUUUUUUGGUACGGGGUCGACAACUGGGAGUAA